UAUUAUCUCCUUAUUUCUCCUCAUUUCUUCCAAGCUCUUCUCCUGAUACACCGAAAUAAUCCAGAGCUCAUACCCCCCCUGAGCCUGCUAAAAAUUCAACCCUGAUAGAUCAAAAUGCUGGAAGCACUUCUCAAUCUUGUCGUGCUACAAAACAGCCCAGACAACAACAUUAGAACCCAGGCGGAAUUGAACUUCAACACGGCAGUCAGCACAGACCCUUCUCAGGCUGCUUAUGAGUUGAUCCAGCUGGCAGUUUCGACUGAAUUACCAUUGGACCUCCGCCAAUCCUGUUUAAUUCAUUUGAAACGUUUAGUGCCUCGCUUUUGGUCCAUAGCCUUCCAGCAAUUUACAGGCCCCCCCGUCAGCCAGGAAUUGAAAACUGCGAUAAGACAACAAUUAAUUGAUGUGGCCGUAACAUCAAACGAAUCCAAAUUGCGUUCAGCUCUGGCUUAUGCCAUUGUCCAGAUCGCUCUGGCCGAUUACCCAGACGAAUGGCCCGAUCUCUUGAACAAGUUGUAUGCUGCUGCAACCAGCGACAGCAGCGAAGUCGCUAUCAUUGGUGGAUUGACAGUUUUGAAUGAUUUGUUCGAUGAUCUUAUCACCGAGGACCAGUUCUGGGAAGGUGGUGUUGGUUCCGAAAUCACUAAACACAUCUUACAAUUGUUGGAUAGCGACAACCUAUCAUCUGCAACUAAGACCAUGGCCAUGAAAUUGUACCAAAGUAUUGCAGCAACUCUAGAGAGUCCAGAGGCCUAUUCAUCAGAAGAAAGAAAGAACUGGGCUCUUCACCAUAUCAACACCAGCAUCCCAUUGUUCAUUAGUGUUUUGGAGAAGUCACAAAGAACUUUCAACACUCAGAACCAACCGGUAAACCUCAGCGAGUUGAACUACAGAUCGUAUCUCUACAAGAUUUUGGGUUCAUUUGUUGGCAAUUUCAGCAAGAGAAUCUCUGCUGAGUACAAGAGAUCCAUCUUGUCGUUUGCGUUAGAGGACUUGGGCUUUGUUGCCCACCUCUACAAACAACUUAUUGUAGAAGAAAACGAGUCAGUUUCAGUUCAAACGACUGCAGAGUUGAACGAACCAAUCAGCGUGUUCAAUAAUUUGUUCAAUGACCUCUUUCAAGCCAUCAAUGCAAUUCAACACAGCUUGUCGAUCAAGUCUCUUUCACAAUUGACUACCCCGGCAUUUGUCUCAAAUUUAAUCACUGUUACUAUGUUGCCUAAAGAAACCAUUUCAGAAUAUGAAGCGGACAUUAACAACUAUGUUACUGAUGUUACCGGUCUCUCAUCAGCGAUGUCUGUACGUGACUCGAUCAACGAAUUGCUUUCUGAAAUCAACUCCAUAGAUGCAAAGGAGAUUUUUACUGAAGUAUCUGCUUUCAUUUGUACUGGUGGCGCAUCUGAUUGGAGAGUAACAGAGUCAUACUUGUUUCUUGCCGAAAGUUUGUUUCAAAAUGAGGAUGCUGAAAUUGUAGAUAGUGGAGUUUCUAUCACUGAUAUCUUGUCAGGAAUCACAAGAAACAUCUCGUAUGAGCAAUCUUUAGUUACAUCCAGAUGCUUCCUUCUUUUGCCCAAGUUUUUCGAGAAGUUUGAGUCUACGAUUUCAGCACAAACUUUCGGAACGAAGGCUUUUUCGGAUAUGGUUGCCUUUGCAUCACAAUUGUCAAAUUCCGACUCCAACAAUUUCAUCAAGUUCAGCGCAUUGAUCAGUUGCACUUACUACAAGAACUUGAUAGAUAUAGCAGAUAAUUUGGACCAGAAUUCUAAGAAAGAGGCCCAGUCUUCUGUGUUCAAAUUAGCGGCCUCUUUGAUCGAAGAGAGCGAAGAAGAUGGCUUACCUCCACUUCUUGAAGCUAUAACUUUUGCCAUAAACAUAGACCCAUACCAUGCGUCGACUCUUUAUAUAGAUGAGGGUGUCAAUGUUAUCGAUAUCAUCUUCAAGAUCACUUUCAAGGACGCUGCAAAUGUUCAAUUGAUCGUAGAUUCAGCGGAAAGUUUGAGUACCUUGCUCAAGAAUAUUUCCAUCCAGGACUACAUGGUCAGUUGCGAAAAAUCAUUGCCUUUCAUAUUUGACUUGAUGAACAAGGAAAUUGCCAAAGGUUAUAUUGAGUAUACUCCUGAAUUGUAUUUGUCAUUGGAAUUACUCAGUAUUAUAAUAGAUUCCGUUCCUGAAUCUGAAGAAGGUUUACCUUCUCAGAUCUUUUUCUAUGCAUUCCCAGCCUUGAAGAAAUUGAUUCUCUUGACUGGUGACAAUCAAAUCUUGCAAAGCUCGGGUGAAGUUUUCAAUAAUCUCUUGAAGAGAGCAUCCAAGCAUUUCCUUGAUUACGUUGACCCAGAAACCAAAGCAUCUGGCGUUGACUCAUUAUUGACAAUUAUUUACAAAUUCUUGUCCCCCACUUUAUCUGACAGUGCUGCCAACAAUUGUGGUACCAUUAUUCUUUCCUUCAUUACACAGUUUGAAUCGUAUUUGAGUAGUGAAUUCUUAUCUCAAAUAUUGGAAGCUACUGUCAAAAGAUUAAUCAUAGCAAAAGAAGCUGUAACCAUCGAGAACUUGAUUCAGGUUUUUUGCCAGCUAGUGUUGAACAAUGCAGCUGAUAUGAUCAACUUCUUGAGUAAUAACAUUAAUUUGCAAGAUCCACAAACAGGAGAACAAAAGACUGGUCUCAGUUUCAUUCUUCCCAUUUGGUUCGAAUCGUUUGAAGUGACAAGAGGCUACGAGAAGAUCAAGCAAAAUGCUUUAGCACUUGGUAAGAUCUUUUCGCUUGGUGAUCUGAGGAUUGAGAACUUGAUUGUCAAUGGAGAUAUCAUUCCGUACGAGGGAGACUUGAUCAUCACCAGAUCGAUGGCCAAGGCAAUGCCCGAUCAGUUCACACAAGUGCCAGCUUCUCUAAAGAUCUUGAAAUUGUUGGUUGGUGAAUUGGACUUUCAAAGCCAACAGCCCAAUGCUGACGAUUAUCUUCCUGAACCAGUAGAAGGUGAAGAAGGUGGCGAGGAUGAGGGCUGGGAAGACAUGGCUGAUAUCGGAGUUCCUAACUUUGAGAAGUUGAAGUCGUACGUAGAUUCUGACAGGGAAGACGAUGACUUGGACGACCAGAAGGGAGACGAGGGUCUCAAGAAUAUACUCUCUCAGUUCUUCAAGGAAUGCACAGGAAAGAAUUUAGGGCACUUCCUGAAGUUCUACGAGAUGUUGAGCGACGAGGAGAAAAAGGUAAUUUCCGAAAACGUCAUAUUUCAGUAACGAGCAUAGAGCUAAUAAGUACCACCACAUAGUCAAUUCCAUUAUAUAGAAAAUAGUUCAAUAUUCUUAUAUAUAAUUAAUGCCAAUACACUUGCAC